AUGGCGUCCGGGGAAGUCGAGCAGCCGCAGGCAUCCGGCAGCUCGGCGCCUGUCGGCUCUGACUCUGCCUCUCCAGCGCCGGCGUUGCCUCCUCCCGAGAAGCCGUCGGCCGUCAGACAGCGGUCAUACGUCGUGCUGUCCUUCUGGCUGGUGGUGCUUCUGCUCGGGCUGCCCAUCUGGUGGAAGACGACGGCCAUCUACCGCGCUGAGCUGCCUCUGGACAGCAUGCUGAAGUGGGCGGAUGGCAAGGCCUGUCGACCCGUCUUCCCCCUCCAGAUCUCGAUACAGGCGGACGCUCUCCAGGAGCAAGAGGCGCACAAUCUUAUCCGACUGACGCAGCAUGCAUUGGACGAUCUCAACGACUUCUCCGGCCACCAUUUGCGCCUGCAACUCGCGCCGCGCAAUGCGCCUCUCCCGAAAGACGACUUCCGAACAGCCUUGACGAUCCGGCUCCAACCGGGCACGGGCACCUCGGCGUCGCUCAACCAAGAGUCCGCCGUUCUCGACAUCACCUACCCUCCCAAUUACGUUCCGUCUCUCACGUCGCCAUCGUCUCCCCUCGCAUCCUACAUCACCAAUGAGCUCCGAGCCACCUUUGCCGAGGAACAGUCCAUCAUAUCAUACCUUCUCUCCACGUCGUCCAUGUCCACCGGCGUGCGCCCUCAAGGCCUGAGCGCCGAGGCUGCCGAGGCCCUUUCGAAGCGAACGACGCGAUCUUUGCGAUACGCUCCGACAUACCACCUUACCUUUUCGCUCUUCACGGCCAACGGCGUGCCUAACACGUGGGAUAUCGAGGCCGCGUUGGAUGAAUACAUCAGGCCUAUGCUGGAGGUCCUGCGCCCCAUUCACAACUUCACCAUUGACACACAAGUCCAGCUGUACGCGGUCCCCGGCGUGCAGUCCCAGGUGCUUAGCAAGGAACACCUCUCGUCGUUUAUCAAUGCUGCUGAGUGGCCGCUGUCGCCAUCUAUUGGCAAGGCGCCAACGGUCAACUUUGUCAUCUAUGUCGGAAACCAGACGGUUGCGCUCGAUGCCGAGACGGAAACGUCCCAGUCUUGGAUGAUACCGCAAUGGGGCACCGUGUACCUGCUCUCCCACCCGGACACGGUCAGCCAUGUAUCGGUCGAGGAGCUGAAACAGCCCAUGCUUACGUUUGGCGGCCACUUGCUCUCCCUGCUGGGCACUCCUCAGUCCGGAUCUCUGCCUUUGCGACUCUCGACCUUGGGUCGCAUCCGAUCUACUGACCUGUUGCUCCGUGCAUCGUCUACUCUGGGAUCCCUUGCGAGACUGUCUCUUGCGCUGCCCUCCAUCUCGAUCCCUCGGAGCGUCGCAGACGGUGUCUCCAAGACGAUGCAUCACCUGGAGCUGGCUUGCGCCGAUCUUGGCGGACCCGAAGGACUGAUGCAUGCGAGAAUUGCCGAGGAAGAGGCAGAGAGGGCUUUCUUUGAGAAGAGCAUGGUGGGACAGCUGUAUUUCCCGGACGAGCACAAGAUUGCCGUCUACCUGCCGUUGCUUGGGCCGGUGUUUGUGCCGCUGAUACUGGGGCUCAUCAAUGAGAUCAAGAAGCUCGUCAAGGAGGCGAAGCAGAAGGCGCUGGAUGCUAGAAGCAAGAAACAUCAGUAG